AUGAGCGUGGGCUGCCCAGAGCCCGAGCCACCCCGCUCCCUGCCCUGCUGUGGGCCAGGGACAGCCCUUGGGCUGGGGACAGGCGUGCCCCUCCUCACCGAAGACAUGCAGGCCCUGACCCUCCGCACCCUGGCCGCUAGCGACGUCACCAAGCACUACGAGCUGGUGCGGGAGCUGGGCAAAGGCACCUACGGGAAGGUCGACCUGGUGGCCUACAAGGGCACAGGCACGAAAAUGGCGCUGAAAUUUGUGAACAAGAGCAAGACCAAGCUGAAGAACUUCCUGCGGGAGGUGAGCAUCACCAACAGCCUCUCCUCCAGCCCCUUCAUCAUCAAGGUCUUUGACGUUGUGUUUGAGACGGAGGACUGCUACGUCUUCGCCCAGGAGUACGCGCCCGCAGGGGACCUCUUCGACAUCAUUCCUCCGCAGGUGGGGCUCCCCGAGGACACGGUGAAGCGCUGCGUGCAGCAGCUGGGCCUGGCGCUGGACUUCAUGCACGGCCGGCAGCUGGUGCACCGCGACAUCAAGCCCGAGAACGUGCUGCUGUUCGACCGCGAGUGCCGCCGCGUGAAGCUGGCGGACUUCGGCAUGACGCGCCGCGUGGGCUGCCGCGUGAAGCGGGUCAGCGGCACCAUCCCCUACACGGCGCCCGAGGUGUGCCAGGCGGGCCGCGCCGACGGGCUGGCGGUGGACGCGGGCGUGGACGUGUGGGCCUUCGGCGUGCUCAUCUUCUGCGUGCUCACCGGCAACUUCCCGUGGGAGGCGGCCUCCGCGGCCGACGCCUUCUUCGAGGAGUUCGUGCGCUGGCAGCGCGGCCGCCUGCCCGGGCUGCCGUCCCAGUGGCGCCGCUUCACCGAGCCGGCGCUGCGCAUGUUCCAGCGGCUGCUGGCGCUGGAGCCCGAGCGGCGCGGCCCGGCCAAGGAGGUCUUCCGCUUCCUGCAGCACCAGCUCACGGCCGAGCUGCGGCGCCGGCCCUCGCACCGCGCCCGCAAGGCCCCGGGCGACCGCGCGCCCCCCGGGCCGCUGCGCCUCGAGGCGCCCGGGCCGCUCAAGCGCACGGUGCUCACCGAGGGCGGCAGCGGCCCCCGGCCCUCGCCCCCCGCCGUGGGGCCUGUGCCCGUGCCCGUGCCCGUGCCCGAGGCCGGGCUGGCGCCCCCGGGCCCGCCCGGCAGGACCGACGGCCGCCCGGACAAGAGCAAAGGGCAGGUGGUGCUGGCCACGGCCAUCGAGAUCUGCGUCUGA